UUCUGUUCUCCUUUCAUUCCUUUGUUGUUUAAAUAUUUACUUUUCCGUGGUUAGUGUGAAAUGAUAUUUCUUUGCUGGUGAUUCGAAUAUUACCCUUCAUAAAUUUGCUUGUGUUGGCUAGCUUCUACUUUAAGAAAGACCAAAUCUAAGAUUUAUCUUUAAAAUCUAUUCAAGUGGAUUACACAGUAUGUCAUUUUGCUUAAAACGAGAUGUCCAUCUACCUAAAAAAAAAAAAAAAGGAAAGAAAAACAGUGAUGUAAAGGUUUAUUCACGCAAAGGUUUUCUCAUUUGAUUACGGUGAAACGAAAUGUACAGAUUACAUAAGCUUACUGGUUGACUUAUCUCUUGCAAAUCCCAUCAUAUCUGGUUCAGCUCACGUUUGAGCUUUAAUUGCUAGAUGGUUUUAUAAUAAUUUGCCAUUUUCGAUCACGAUGAAGAAAUAAGAAAUGCAUAAUUCAAGUCUUCUUUGCUUUGCCAACUGUAUUGGUCUUCACAUCGCCAUUAUAUGUGGGUGCUGCAAGGUUUCAUAUGCCUUUCUUCAACAUUAUUCUCUUUCUUCUCCACCAUAACCAUCAUGAGUUACUCAGGACUGGCAAGAAUUUUUUCAUGUAGAACCAUUUCAGUCCAAAUACAUCCCACACGUACUCAGAGGCCUCGCCAAUACAUGUGUCGGGUUUCGGUGCAUGAUGUUCAAACUGAGUCAUUGCGAUCCAUGGAGGGUUUGCUAAAGUGUUCUGCAAACUAUGCUCCUUUGACACCCAUAAGUUUCUUAGAGAGAGCAGCAAAUGUCUUUAAAGGAACAACUUCUAUCAUUGAUGGACCUUCUGUCAAGUACACUUGGGAAGAGACACAUGCUAGGUGUAUAAAGCUUGCUUCUGCUUUGUCUGAGCUUGGCAUUUCUCGUGGAGAUGUGGUUGCAACUUUAGCCCGCAAUGUAUACGCAAUGCAAGAGCUGCAUUUUGCAGUACCAAUGGCUGGCGCUGUUAUUUGUACAUUAAAUACCCGUCAUGAUUCAGUUAUGUUAUCAGUAUUACUCAGUCAUUCAGAAGCAAAAGUCAUAUUUGUGGAUCAACAGUUGCUCCAAGUUGCUCAAGGAGCAAUAGAUAUUCUUGUCAAUGAAAGAGUAAUCCCACCUCUUCUUGUUUUAAUCUCCGACUUUGACAGUUCUUCUCCUACUAUUGUUAACUCUAUCACUCAUGAAUAUGAGGGCCUUCUUGAAAGUGGGAGCAGCGAAUUUUCUGUAAGGCGGCCGACAAGUGAGUUUGACCCUAUUAGUGUUAACUAUACUUCUGGAACUACAUCGCGACCCAAAGGGGUCGUUUACAAUCAUAGAGGUGCAUAUCUCAACACCAUUGCCACAUUUAUGCUUCAUGUGAUGAGUUCAUGGCCUGUUUACCUUUGGACCGUCCCAACGUUUCACUGCAACGGAUGGUGCCUGACUUGGGGUCUAGCAGCACUUGGUGGCACCAGCAUCUGCCUCAGACAGGUUUCUCCAAAAGCCAUAUUUGAAAAUAUAGCAGAGCACAAGGUCACACACUUGAGUGGCGCGCCAACUGUUAUGAACAUGAUUGUGAAUUCCCCUGUAAGUGACAGAAAACCACUUCCUCACAAGGUUAACAUAAUGACAGGUGGUUCACCACCACCUUCUCAAAUCCUUUCCAAAAUGGAGGAACUCGGGUUUCGAGUACAUCACUUAUAUGGACUUACAGAGACAUAUGGUCCAGGUACAUAUUGUUUGUGGAAGCCUGAGUGGGAUUCUUUACCACCAAAUGAAAAAUACAAAUUGAAAGCAAGACAAGGGGUGCAGCAUCUUUGUUCAGAGGGAGUGGAUGUGAUGGAUCCUCUCACAUUGGAGAAAGUACCCGAAGAUGGUAAGACAAUAGGUGAAAUUAUGUUUAGAGGGAAUACUGUAAUGAGUGGAUAUCUAAAAGAUGUACAAGCAACAGAAGCAGCUUUUAAAGGCGGAUGGUUUCAUAGUGGUGAUUUGGCUGUUAAACAUCCUGAUGGAUACAUAGAAGUUAAGGACAGAUUGAAAGAUAUCAUAAUCUCUGGCGGAGAAAACAUAAGCACAGUAGAGGUGGAAAGAGUUUUGUAUAGUCAUCCAGCAGUUCUUGAAACAGCAGUAGUCGCGCGACCAGAUAAUCUCUGGGGGCAGACACCUUGCGCAUUUGUGAAGUUGAAGGAUGGUUCCAAUAAUGUCAGUGAUCAAGAAAUUAUCAACUUCUGCAGGGAUAACUUGCCUCAUUACAUGGCACCUCGAACAGUCAUAUUUCAAGAUCUCCCGAAAACUUCAACAGGCAAGAUACAGAAGUUCAUUCUAAGAGAGAAAGCCAGAUCCUUAGGAAGUCUCUGCUAAAGGGAAUCGGAAAAGGAACUUCGUUUUUCUUUGGUGAAAAUUGCUGUAAAGUCAGAAUGUCAUUCUUGUAUUCCAUUUACAGUUUCAGAAUUUUCUAGAACUGAACGACUUCCAUACUGUAAUCGGUUUAUUUCUUUCUGUGUUUAAAGAUUGAAGUCUCCUCAAAAGGUAUAUGCUAAUCAUCCAUAUUGUAUAAGCUGGACGUGGCAGCUCUUUGCUAAUGAUGUUUAAUUUUCAUUACUCUACUUCUGCUCGAUUUCAAAAGACUAUCAAAAUUAAUACUGUGCGUAUAUAAUUUAAAUCCUAUUCAAAGUUAUCUGUAAGGUCGUGGUAAGUGUAUUACUAAUUAAGAGGAUAUCAUGUGAGCCCUCAAAACUAUUAAAGUUGUGCUGCUACAACUUUUUUUUAAUCUGUCAUUGGUUAGUAAUUCAAAAUUGAUGCAUUGUUGCUGUCUAUGCCUUGUUUUGAUCGUACAUUAGGUUACAGGUUGACUUCGUGGCUCUCCCUGGAAAUUCCAUCUUAUUCGUUGAUGAUGAAGAAGCAAAAAAUAUUCAAUUUAGUUUCUUUGUUUCAUCACCGCUGAACUGGUCUUCACAUUGUCCAUAUAUGUUAUUCAUAAAAGAUGCUACUCUUCAGUACUAUUCCCUUUGACUUUCUCCACCACCAUCAUCACCAUAAGUCAUGGUUGUCACCAAGUUGCAUUUAUAUAUGGUACCAAUUCAGUUUAAAUUCAGCCACAAGCACUCAGAUGUCUCACAACUUGUGCCAAGUUUCAAGAGUCAUUGCAAUCAAUGGAGGGUCUGCUUAAAUGUUCUGUAAACUAUGUUCCUUUGACACCCAUAAGUUUCUUGGAGAGAGCAGCAAAUGUUUUUAAAGGAAGAAUUUCCAUCGUUGAUGGACCUUCUGUCAAGUACACUUGGGAAGAGACUCACGCUAGGUGUAUAAAGCUUGCCUGUGCUUUGUCUGAACUGGGGAUUUCUCGCGGGGAUGUGGUAAGUUUCUUCUAUCCCAUAAUCAGCCUUGAAGUGUGUAGAAAAUACUUUUUUAAGGUAGUGAUUGCUUGAAUUUUGUUACAAUGAUCAUUUACACAACUAGAAAAUAAGAUCAGAUUCUAUUCA